AUGACUUCGAUGCAGCGGACUCUGGACACACUAGUGGACUUAGUGGGCUCGUGGGUGACGGUCCACCCUGGUCCAUCCCCCGCCCCUGUUCCCCCUACUGAGGAUGCCCCUGAUCCUGACUCUGCGGCGGUUCCUGCUCCGGCUACUACGUCCGCUCCAACUGCUGAUCCUGCUCCCACUCCUCCUGGAGACGAGCUUAUCGAGUUUUAUUCGGGUCUGAUUGGUGGUCCCGCUGGAGUUCAAUGGAUCGAUGGCCGUGCUUUUGGGGAGGGACCCCGGGCUCGCCACAGGGGGGAUGCACAGGCCUUGGCUCCUGCGGAGGAUGAGGCUGAGGAGGAGUUCCACGGGCCAGCUUCUCCGAAUCUUGAGGAGACGGUUUCCACUCGCCUUGAGGAGCUGACCCUGGAGGUAGCCAGCCUGCGUACCACGUUGGAUACCGUGGUCCAGCAGCAGACUUCGAUGCAGGCGACUAUGACUUCAAUGCAGCGGACUCUGGACACACUAGUGGACUUAGUGGGCUCGUGGGUGACGGUCCACCCGUCUCAGUCUGGUCCAUCCCCCGCCCCUGUUCCCCCUGCUGAGGAUGCCCCUGAUCCUGACUCUGCGGCGGUUCCUGCUCCGGCUACUACGUCCGCUCCAGCUGCUGAUCCUGCUCCCACUCCUCCUGGAGACGAGCUUAUCGAGUUUUAUGUUCCUAUAUGA